AAUCUCAUUGGCAGCACAAUCCUCAAUCCUCGUUUCUACACUUGGAAUCACUCAUUAACACUCGAUUUUGAUUGAUGUGAUUAAAUUAUGGAGAAUUCCCAAGAUCAACAAGGAACCCUCUCUUCUCAAACCCUUGUUAAUGCUACUCAAUGCUCUCAGUCUCUGCUACCAUUUAACAUUGAUGCUGCCGCUCAGGAUGCCGUUUUGCGCGAACAAGAACUUGCAACUCAAAAUAUCAUAAGGACCCAGAGAGAGGUGACAAAUACCACAUCACCUUCCAAGGAUAAUUUUGACAUAUUCUCUGCCCGUCAUCACCCCAAUGCUUUGAAGGAACAUCUCUUGAAUAUGGCCACUGAGCAUAGGUCUGAAAUCGCUCUUAAGCGUGGAAAACCUGCACUUCCACAAGUCAACACAGAAAUAGGCAAUGGAUAUUGUGUACCUGGUGGAGGUGCCUAUAAUGAUAUUCCCAAGCUUAACACUGACCCUGACAACAGUGCAUUCAGUCUGCCCGAAUCUAAAUUUGAUAGAUAUUCAGAGCAAACAUCUGCAGGUAAAGAAUUGCCCGAGUUCCUCAAGCAGAAGUUAAGAGCUCGGGGUGUUCUUAAAGAUGAUAUACAUACCAAAGAUAUUAAAGGUACUUCAGCUGAACUUAGGGGAAAUGAAAACUUACCUCCAGGAUGGUUUGUCAUGAAGGUGGAAGCAAAAGAUCCGGGGAGUGGUGCAUUUUACUAUUAUAAUGAAAGUACCGGGAAGAGUCAACGGGAAAAACCUUGA